CAAGGGUUAAUCGCACCCCCUCCCCUAUAUAGAGGCCGAUCCCCUCAUCCUGUGCACAAUGUUCAGAACACUGGAGCCCCAGAGAAGCCCUAUAAAGGUUUCUCCAAUCCAGGAUCCUCUGCUGAUAUCUUCUAUAUAAGAGAAUUCUCCUGGAUGACCCAUCAACCAUGGAGAGAGACAGGAACAAGAUGGCCGACAGGAUCAUAAACCUCACCCUACAGAUACUCUUCCGGCUUACUGGAGAGGAUUACACAGUAGUGAAGAAUUCCUCUAGUGGGCGCUGUCAGGCCCCUGUGUGUGAAGGAUGGGGAAGAACCCUGAGCCCAAUCCCGGGGCCCCCACCUCACUCCCUGAUACAUGAGGAAAUGGAUGAACAGAAGAUCCUAGAACUCAUCAACAAGAUGAUGGAGCUGCUGACUGGAGAGGUUCCUAUAAGGUGUCAGGACGUGGCGGUCUAUUUCUCCAUGGAGGAGUGGGAGUAUGUAGAAGGACACAAGGAUCAGUACAAGGAUCAGGUCAUGAUGGAGGAUCAGCAGCCCCUCACAUCACCAGUCAGAUCCAGUAAGAGAACAGCAACAGAGAGGUGUCCCCGUCCUCUUCUUCCACAGGAUGAUCAGGGAGAAGAUAUGAACAAUAUUAAUGUUCCAGAGACAGAUGUGAACAGUAAUGAGCAGUAUAAGGAGGACAUUCUUACAUGGAAAGAAAAUGCCACAGACAUAAAGGAAGAAGAAGAGACCGAUGUUAGCGGUGAUGAGCAGUAUAAGGAGGACAUUCCUACAGGGAAAGAAAAUACUACAGACAUAAAGAAAGAAGAAGAGACAGAUGUUAGCGGUGAUGAGCAGUAUAAGGAGCACAUUCCUACAGGGAAAGAAAAUACUACAGACAUAACGAAAGAAGAAGAGACAGAUGUUAGCGGUGAUGAGCAGUAUAAGGAGCACAUUCCUGCUGGAAAAGAUCUGAUCUAUAGUAAUACUACAGACUUAAGAGAAGGAGAAGACACAGAUGUGAGCAGUGAUGAGCAGUAUAAGGAGGUCAUUCCUACAGGGAAAGAUCUGAUCUAUAGUAAUACUACAGAUUUAACGGAAGAAGAAGACACAGAUGUGAGCAGUGAUGAGCAGUAUAAGGAGGACAUUCCUACAGGGAAAGAUCUGAUCUAUAGUAAUACUACAGACUUAAGAGAAGAAGAAGAAGACACAGAUGUGAGCAGUGAUGAGCAGUAUAUGGAGGACAUUCCUACAGGUAACCACUCAGAUUCUUGUAGCAGGAGAUCAGAGGAGAAUCUUAUAUCUUCAGAUUAUAAAGCAGAUGAUGAUAUCACACAAGAUACAUAUGAAGAACAUUCCAUUAUCCCAGAUACACCCUCAGCCCUUCACAGCCAAGAUCUGUCAUCUCAUCCUUAUAUACAGGUCCUGUCUUCUCAGUCAUCACAGGAUGUUCAGCAAAAAGAAAGUCAUAGAAGGGGUGUUGGACAACAACGAGCUCAUACAGGAAAGAAACCAUAUUCAUGCUCAGAAUGUGGGAAAUGUUUUACUAAGAAAUCAAAUCUUGUAGUACAUCAGAGAACUCACACAGGAGAGAAGCCAUUUUCAUGUUUAGAAUGUAGAAAGUGUUUUACUGAUAAAUCAAGUCUUCUUAGACAUCAAAGAACUCACACAGGGGAGAAGCCAUUUUCAUGUUUUCAAUGUGGGAAAUGUUUUACUCGGAAAUCAAGUCUUGUUCAACAUACAAGAACUCACACAGGGGAGAAGCUGCUUUCAUGCUCAGAAUGCGGGAAAUGUUUUACUAAGAAAUCACAUCUUGUUCAACAUACAAGAACUCACACAGGGGAGAAGCCAUUUUCAUGUUCAGAAUGUGGAAAAUGUUUUACUGACAAAUCAAGUCUUGUUCAACAUCAAAGAAUUCACACAGGGGAGAGGCCAUUUUCAUGUUCAGAAUGUCGGAAAUGUUUUGCUUCGAAAUCAGAUGUUAAUCGACAUCAAAGAACUCACACAGCGGAGAAACCAUUUUCAUGUUCAGAAUGUGGGAAAUGUUUUCCUGGGAAAACAAAUCUUUUUAAACAUGAAAGAACUCACAGGACGGAGAAGCUAUUUUCAUGUUCAGAAUGUGAGAAAUGUUUUACUAAUAAAUCAGGUCUUGUUGUACAUAAAAAAACUCACACAGGGGCAAAGCCAUUUUCAUGUUCAGAAUGUGGGAAAUGUUUUACUAAGAAAUCACAUCUUGUUCAACAUCAAAGAACUCACACAUGGGAGAAGCCAUUUUCAUGUUUACAAUGUGGGAAAUGUUUUACUCGAAAAUCAGACCUUGUUGUACAUCAAAGAACUCACACAGGAGAGAAGCUAUUUUCAUGCUCAGAAUGCGGGAAAUGUUUUAGUAAGAAAUCACAUCUUGUUCAACAUAAAAGAACUCACACAGGGGAGAAGCCAUUUUCAUGUUCAGAAUGUGGAAAAUGUUUUACUUGCAAAUCAAAUCUUGUUACACAUCAAAGAACUCACACAGGGGAGAAACCAUAUUCAUGUUCAGAAUGUAGAAAGUGUUUUCCUGACAAAUCAAGUCUUCUUAGACAUCAAAGAACUCACACAGGGGAGAAGCCAUUUUCAUGUUUAGAAUGUGGUAAAUGUUUUACUCAGAAAUCAGACGUUGUUGUACAUCAAAGAACUCACACAGGAAAGAAGCCAAUUCAGAGCAAUAAAUGAUGCAGAUAACACAUCUAUAUAUUAACCAUGUACAUAGGAUAUCUGACAUUUAUACAUAUAUCAUAUACUGCAUCUCCAAACUUGUUACCAAUUGUUAAAGGGGUACACCGGUGGAAAACUUUUUUUU